AUGAGCUCCACACCUCCCACCGGCGUGCCCACCAUGGCGGGCGACGGGCCGCCCAGGCUCGAGAAGAAGCCGGUCAAGUUCAGCAACCUGUUGCUGGGUGCUGGUCUCAACUUGUUUGAAGUGACGACUCUGGGACAGCCCUUGGAGGUCGUGAAGACCACCAUGGCUGCCAAUAGGUCUGAGGGCAUGGCUGGUGCCAUCACCCGCGUCUGGGGACGUGGAGGAGUCUUUGGCUUCUACCAGGGCCUCAUCCCCUGGGCUUGGAUCGAAGCCUCCACCAAGGGCGCCGUCCUCCUCUUCGUCGCCUCCGAGGCCGAGUACUACGCCAAGUCGUUCGGCGCACCCGACUUCCUCGCUGGUAUCUCGGGUGGUAUGACAGGUGGUCUGGCGCAGGCCUAUGCCACCAUGGGUUUCUGCACCUGCAUGAAGACGGUCGAGAUCACAAAGCACAAGGUCGUGGCCUCCGGCGGCAAGCCUCCAGGCACCAUGGAGACAUUCAUGCAGAUCUGGCGCACCGAGGGUCUCCGUGGUAUCAACCGUGGUGUCAAUGCCGUCGCCGUGCGCCAGGUCACCAACUGGGGCUCCCGCUUCGGUCUGUCCCGUGUUGCUGAGACCGGUAUUCGGAGAGUCACUGGCAAGGAGGGCGGCGAGAAGCUGAGUGUGAUUGAGAAGAUCACCGCUUCCGCCAUUGGUGGUGGUUUGAGUGCGUGGAACCAGCCUAUUGAGGUUAUCCGCGUUGAGUUGCAGUCUAAGACAGUCGACCCCAACCGCCCCAAGAACCUGAAUGUCUCAUCGGCCGCGAAGUACAUCUACUCCAACAACGGUCUCAAGGGCCUGUACCGCGGUGUCACCCCCAGAAUCGGUCUCGGUAUCUGGCAAACAGUCUGCAUGGUGGCUCUCGGCGACGUUGCAAAGGAGGCUGUUGAGAAGCUUACCGGCGACAAGGUUACGGCGAAGCACUAG